AUGUUCACCAAGAUCUUCGCUGUCUCGAGAACCACUUUCCUCAUGUUUAAUGUCGUUCGCGCUAGCGACCAGGAUAAGUUCAACGACAACAAAUGCAUUUGGUGCUGGGGCCCAUACGACGAAGACCAUCCUGCUGCUCGCGUGCGGACUUGCGGCCACGUAUUCGGACGCGACUGUCUCCCAGAUAUAACCAAGGGCCCGACCGGUGAUCUUUGUCCUAUCUGUCGAUCUCCAUGGUUCCGGACCGAUACUCUGCCUCUCAUGUUACAAUUCCUCAAUCGCUUCUUUGUGAACCCCUUAGUGGAUUUGUUAACUCCGAUCAGGCUCACCUUAUACAAGAUCGAAGCUAAACUUCCGCCUUGGGCCCUGUCCAUAGGACGCUUUUUAUUCUACGCAGGCAAUGUGUAUCACCAAAUCGACUACAUGAUCCGAGCUCUCACCGGCCUAUAUGCAAGGAACCCAGGUUUGCGUUCCUUUACCAUGUCUCCGGUGAUACGACAUGAAAAGUGGGACAGGUUCUUGAUUCUCACUUGCUCCUACCUUGCGACUCGAACAACAAAACCAACCGCGAUUAAUAUAGGUGCGGCUUCCCUGAGCUUACACGAGGAAGUUCUGGUAUGUGCAGUAACGUCGAUCAUGUUCAAAGUCUACAUUCUAUUGAAGCACGGCGCACACCGUCAGCUCAAAAGUCGGCGGGAUUGUGCUAUCUUCGGAUUGAUCACGGGUCUGAUUUUGACGCUCCAUUGGUUAGCAGCUUCCAUGGUAUUCAAGAUUGUUAUUGAGAACCACCAACAAGCUGGAAACCGUAGGGUAGAAAAUCUCGAAGUCGGUAGAGACCUAUGA